UGUUUAUUUUUAAACUGAAAAUUCUUAAAAUUUACUUAUAUCCUUAAAUACAUAUAUAUACUUUUUAUGGAGAGAUACAUAAUCCCAAUUUCAUUGAUUCUAUUCCUGUUUUAUAACUAUUUGAUUUUUAAAAAUUAAGAUUAUAAACAUUUAAGUAUUAUUUUUACCUAUAAAUUUUAUUUUUUAUAGAUCGAUGAUGCUAACGCUAUUCUUAAUCCUUGAAGGCAAUGGAUUUGCUUUUCAUUCAAAUUCAUGCACCUUACGGUAAAGAUGUUUGCUCUGUUUUUUGCUCUGCGCCCUUCACAUGUUCGACAAAAUGCCUGACUCAACGUCUUCACAUGUUUCCCUCGUGGCAUCUCUUUAGGGCUAGGGCCUCAUUGUCUUCUCUCAAUUUUUGAUCAUGUGGUUUGUUUUUCUCUUCCCUGGGCCAUCCCAUGAACUUAAAAUCUGAUACCCAGUUUCUCUUUUUAGCCAUUUCACUCUGUAAUAAUGGGAAAUUUUACUCUAUUAUUCCUCUUAAACUGAAAAUGAUGGUGUUAGUCUGUUAGAUAGAGCAAGAUCAUGCAGUAGUCUAGUUGAUUCUCUUUUGUUUGAGUUCGGUUCCACUGUAGAACUAGAUAACAAGGCAAACAAAGAAUGACUUUUGAAAGUUCUGACAGAAUGAUUAAUGUGCAUUUGGGGAUUUUCAUUUCAACUUUUUGCCUUGUUCUUUUCAUCUCACAAGACAUAACCGGCUCUCUUUAGUUAAAUUUCUCUUCCCCCCAUUAUGUUAGCCGCAUGCCCCGCCCUUUGUCUGGUGCCGCUGCAUUAGAAAGAUUACUAUAAUCUUGGCUAUGAGAGUAACAAUGUUUGCUCAUUGUAACCCUAGAUUCAUGGCUACAAUCAUUAACAAAGCUAUCUUCUAAGAGGGGGUAGCCACUUUGUAUCUCUUUGAUGGGUGGAGACAAAACAUGGGUCGGGAAUAUUUGGAGUUGAAAUUAGCUGAUUCUCUUUUCUCCCACAUGAUUAAUCAUCUGAUUAAACCUUAAAUUAUGUUGGGUUUAGGCCCAGAUGGUGAAACCCCAAUUAUUGGGGAGGCAAGAUGGCCUUGGUAUCAUUAUGGCCUGCAACUAUGCCAACAUGUUCAAUACUUUAUUAUUCUAUUUUUUUGUCAGAGCUUGAUGUUGGCCAAUCGGUGGAGCAUAUGAUUAAAAAAUUUGACUUAGAUGCUCAGAUUGUAGGCUGAAACUGUUACAGGAGAAUCAGAAGAAAGCUGAGGCUAUGGUCCAUAACGCUGUGACUUUGACAUCCAUGCACAAAGACUUUCAAUUUACAAAGCAAAAAUGGUGAUGACAUCAAUAUUCACCAGUGCCCACCUGCCCGUUAGGUCAGUUAGCUUACCUACAAGGGUGGAGCUCGAGCCACAACCGUUGUUGCAAAGCCUAAAAUCCUUUCAAGAUUCAUCUUACAAUGCAAAAGUGACUCCAUUCGGGCUCGAGGAGAUUCAAGCUGCAUUGAUUGGGUUGGCAGAGCUGUAUAACUCUGUUGGGGAGCUUGUUCAGUCUUCUUCCACCCAGCAGGCGCUUGUUCAUUAUAAGGAGGGGAAGCUUGUGGAAGAGGCUUUAAAUGAGUCUGUUGUAUUGAUUGACUCUUGCAGCUCUGCAAGAGACAUAAUCCUUAUGAUGAAACAAAAUAUACAAAACCUUCAAUCAGCUUUACGUCGAAAGGGUGCAAAUUCAAGCAUUGAAAGCCACAUCCGAGCCUACUAUAGCUUCCGAAGGAAGGCGAAGAAAGACAUCGUAAGCUGCCUCAGCGCGCUGAAGCGUAUGGAGAAUGAUAGAACAACAAACUUUUCUUUAUUGGAUAUACCAAAUCACGAUUUAUUGCCUCUGAUCAGACUGCUGAGAGAAGCAAGAAGCAUCAGCAUCUCCAUAUUUAGAGAGCUUCUAGCAUUCCUAUCGGCGCCAGUGGGGAAGGGUAAGGCUAGAGGGUGGUUGUUGGUCUCGCAAUUGAUGCCGGUGAUCAAGUCGGGAUCGGAGAAGGGAAAGAAGAUAGCAAAUGAGUUGGAGAAUGUGGAUAUUGCUCUCCGUUCUCUCCUUGGCCAGGGGAGAGGAAAUUGUGGGAAUGAUAACAAAGCUGAAGUUGAAAUAGCACAAAGAAGGCUUGGAACAUUGGCAUCAAGUUUUGAAGGAAUAGAGAGUGGAUUAGAUUGCAUGUUCAGAUGUUUAGUUAAACAUAGAGUGUGUUUUCUAAACAUGUUGGUUCAUUGAAUUAAUGAUCUCAAACAUCAAAAAGUCUUGUACAAUAUUUUUUGUCACUUUGUAAUGACAAUCUCAUCUAAGAUGAAUAUAACCAG